CAAGAGUUGGUCUCAAAGAAGUUCAAAUAAGCCCAACUUUCAGAAUUUUGUUUGCAGGAAGAUCUGAGACGCAAAGGGACCAUGGUUAUGCUGAAGAUCUCUGCUCUCCUUGUAGCUUAUGCUCUGGUCGUUUGUCAGAUGUACAGCUUACAGGCUGCUCCAGUGAGAUCAGCUUUAGAGUCAAUGACAGACCGAGUCACGCUCACGGACCAUGAAGCGCGGAGAUUACUAAACGCUAUUGUCAAAGAAUUCGUGCAGAUGACGGCCGAGGAGCUGGAGCAACAGGAGAACGAAGGCAAUAGCCUGGGCAGACCCAUGUCCAAGCGCUGUUCCAAUCUGAGCACGUGUGUGCUGGGCAAGCUGUCGCAGGAGCUGCACAAGUUGCAGACAUACCCCCGCACCAACGUGGGAGCGGGCACACCGGGCAAGAAGCGCAGCGUCCCUGAGAGCGACCGCUAUACUAGCUAUGGGGAGCCGCUCGAGAGGAUCUGAGCAGUCGUCUCACCCCCCAUUCCCUCCCCAUGUCCUGCCUCGGUGCAUGCGGAUCUCACCUGCUUGAUUGCCUUCAGAGAAAUCGCAAUCGAAACUCCCCAAACCAUCCUCCUUUCAGUUCCCUUUUGAUUCCUCUUUUCCGGCAGAGAAUUACAAAAUAAUUAAGACAAUCAACAUAAGAAUUGUUGCACUUCUUCAGCAGAAAAAAAAAUAUUUAUUACUUUUUAGUGAGCUGAAUGAAAACUCAAUAUCAACAAAGUAAUAGCAGUUACUCCACAAUAACAAUAAUAAAUGCUUCUUUCAUGCUUGAUUAUGUUUCUUAUUUAAUAAAUUUAUUUUUCUACCAGGAAACUGUUAGCCUCCUUUAUUUGAUUAUCUGUUAAUUUGCAUAUGAAUGCGUAACUUUUAAUUUGUUGUACGAUCUUUGUUGUUACUGGCCCAAAAGUUUUGUAGCUAAAGCUGAACUGCUGCAACUUGUUGUAGUUCAAUUAGUUACGAUAUCACUUAGUUACCACAGGCAUCACCCUAAUUCAGGUAAGUUGUGCAAUUUUAAAAUGAAGAAUGGCGGCUUGCAGCUGUAAUACUUUCAAACCCAUUGUAUAAAAUGCAAGUAAUGUUUUCUCUCAGCUUUUUGCAGUAAUGUACGAGGCAUUGAAAGUGGUGGCUUG